AUGAAGCUAGUCUGUCGUACUUUGUGUUUGCUGUUCUUGUUUCUGAUCAUUGUUUGUUUGUCUUUGACGGCUGCGGCGAGUGAUCCAAGUCAUGCACUUGAAACUCUGCAAAACACUGAUGAUCAUCACACUUUGGAGACGCAGGAUUCCCUUGAACGUAGCCCAACGUGUACGGCUGACCAGACUGAUUGUCCGCCACAGGAAGAUUCUAAUAAAGAAUCUUUGCAAUUACAACAAGCUUUAGAAGAGCAGUCAGCUUCAAUAGGAGACGGUGUUGCUGGUGGUGAUGGUCACUUGAAAGAGGGUAAAGGUCUUCCACAAGUAAAACAGAACCUUGAAAGUGAUACUUCAGCACUAACUAAUGGCCUCGAGAGUGUCGUUGCUGCUUCUCGAUCCCAUUCUCCUGAAGAAGAAGUUAAAUCAAGUCUUCCUGAAUCUCACAAAGCUCCUUCGUCGGGUGGUAAGGCUCCUCCUGAGGGAAACAAAGACAGUUUACAAACACACAAUUCCCACGAACAAAGUGAUUCUCAUGUUAACGAAGAAGAAGGGGAAAGACAGAAACAACUGGGAAAUAACAAGCAGGAGGCAUUAAAACCAUCACAAGAAGCAGCACCAGGUGAAGCAUCUUCUGUACAAGAAUCUGGAUUACACGAAAAUGGAAAGCCAUUAAGCGACCUCACAUCUCAAUCACAAACAGAAUCCACUGAUUCACAAAACACAGAGAACACAAACACAACAACGUCAGGAACUGCUGAAGGGCAAGAACCAUCCACUGGCACAACUCCCAAUACAGGUGACACUUCACACAGCACUUCGGCCACAGCUGAUGCUCAAAAUAAUCCGGCUGAUAAUGGAACUAAUGUUGCUGCGAACACUGCAGAGAGUGAAACAACCCGUAAUGAGCAAUCCACCACCACCACCACAACAACAACAACAACACUUCCUCCUGAGACUACAAACAACAAGAAGGGUGAUGCAGACAGCAGCAGCAGUAUCAGCAGUUCUGUGUGGGUGCGUGUACCACUACUGAUUGUGGUUACACUGGCCUGUAUUCUUGUGUGCUGA